ACAACACUACGGUCGGGCCAAGCCAGCCCUUUUUUUUAACCCGCUCGUCGAUUUUAUACCCAAAGUAAUUUGAACUAUGGCUAUAAAAUAGUCUUUCAAGGUUAUUUCGACUUUCAUCCCACCGGAGUGGAGUUUAUUUUUACAACAAAGUGACACGGGAGCAGGAGAACACACUUUUGUUCGAACUGGAGCGACUCACGCUUAAAAGAUUUCCUGCUCCUGUGUGCAAGAAUUACAGAGGGCCACCGAGGGGGAGGCUGAGGGUCAAAAUACACAAAAGCAGCCCAGUGGACUCUCACUGGCCUCUUCAUCACCAGACUUUUUUCUUUGCCUUUAUUUUUCCAACACAACUAUUUUGUCAGGAACUAGACCGGGAUCAUCCCUUAUAUUAUGCACUUCAAUGGAUACCGGUGGCUCAGUGAUUAGCACACAGGCGGAGGAUCAGUCUUUCCAUGUUCGGUACAGGAUGGAGGUGUCCUGCCUGGAGCUGGCGCUGGAAGGGGAGCGCCUGUGCAAGGUGGGAGACUACAGAGCGGGAGUCUCCUUCUUUGAAGCAGCCAUUCAGGUGGGCACAGAGGACCUGCAGGUGCUCAGCGCCAUCUAUAGCCAGCUGGGAAACGCCUACUUCCACCUGCACGACUACGCCAAGGCGCUGGAUUUCCACCGGCACGACCUCACCUUGACCAGGACCGUUGGCGAUCUGCUGGGAGAAGCCAAAGCCAGCGGGAAUCUUGGGAACACGCUGAAGGUGCUGGGAAGGUUUGAUGAGGCCGUGAUGUGCUGUCAGAGGCACCUGGAUAUUGCGAGGGACGUCAGCGACAAGGUGGGACAGGCACGAGCUCUCUACAACUUUGGGAAUGUAUUCCAUGCUCAAGGCAAAAGUAUUUGUUUGAGUGGAGCUGAGCCCGGUGACUUCCCAGAAGACGUCAUGAUGGCGCUGAGGAAGGCAUCGGAAUAUUACGAGGCAAACUUGGCGCUGGUGAAGGAGCUCAGCGAUCGGGCGGCUCAGGGUCGGACAUACGGCAACCUGGGCAACACUCACUACUUGCUGGGGAACUUCCGCAAAGCCGUGGCGUCUCAUGAGCAGCGUCUGCUCAUAGCGAAGGAGUUUGGCGACCGCUCAGCAGAAAGACGGGCUUACUGCAACCUGGGCAAUGCUUUCAUCUUUUUAGGGGAGUUUGAAGUGGCAGCAGAUCAUUACAAGAGGACGCUGCAACUGGCGAGACAGCUAAAAGAUCGCGCGGUGGAGGCUCAGGCCUGCUACAGUCUGGGCAACACUUACACUCUGCUGCAGGACUAUGAGAGAGCCAUCGACUACCACCUUAAACACCUCAUCAUAGCACAGGACCUCAAUGACCGGAUUGGGGAAGGUCGCGCAUGUUGGAGUCUUGGAAACGCUUACACCGCCCUGGGCAACCAUGAUCAGGCCAUGCACUUUGCUGAGAAACACUUGGAGAUCUGCAAAGAGACUGGAGACAGGAGCGGCGAGCUGACGGCUCGUAUGAACGUGUCCGACCUGCAGACCGUGUUGGGUCUGAGCUACAGCACUAAUAACUCCACCUUGUCGGAGAACAAAGUCAUGGACUACAAAACACUAGGGGCGAGGCCCAGGAUGAGCAGGAGACACAGCAUGGAGAACCUGGAGCUGAUGAAGCUCACGCCUGACAAGAUUAACGCUCAGAAGUGGAACAGUGACAUCCUGAGCAAACAUAGCAGCAAGCCCAGCCUCACCAAGAGCUCGUCCAAGUUGUUCUUCGUCAGUCGUCUGCGUGGAAAGAAGUUGAAGACGGGCGUCUCCAGCAAAGUCCUGCAGGACAGCAGCAACACUUUGGACAGCAGCCAGGGAGCACACAAGCGGUCCAGUCCUGACAUGCUGGGAGACGAAGGUUUCUUCGACCUGCUCAGCCGUUUCCAGAGCAACCGCAUGGAUGACCAGCGCUGCUCCAUUCGGGAGAAAGGCAGCAGGUUAUCUCUUCAUGGAGGACCUGCGUCUCCACCCAGGACCAUCAGGAAAUCUGUGUCUGAGUCCACCAACGUGUCAGGGGCCCAAAGUCGGCGGUUAGAGGAUUCCUCAGCUGCAGGCGGGAGCCUCCCCGGCCUCAGACUCAACCAGAACAGCAACCAGGCGGUGCUCAGCCACCUGAUGGCCAACGCUGACAACGCGGAGCCUGAUGAAGACUUUUUCGACAUGCUGGUCAAGUGUCAGGGUUCCCGUUUAGACGACCAGCGCUGCGCACCUCCGCCUCCUCCAGCGCGAGGACCCACAGUGCCGGACGAGGACUUCUUCAGCCUCAUCAUGCGCUCGCAGGCAAAACGGAUGGACGAGCAGCGAGUUACGUUGCCAGCGCCUGCACAGCGAAGCACUUAGACGUGACAUCAUCUUGUUUGUUUGUUUCUGGAACCAACAACUUUGCACUCUCAGCUAUCAGGGACCUUGUUGUGCUCCAUGAAUGUCAUUUCACUUUUUAUGUCUCUUGUGAGGCUAACUCUUGUCCUUUUUCACCUCGCUCUUCAUAGAUUUUAUAGUUUAGUAUAAAAAAAAAACGUCCAACAUAUUGUGUAAAGAAUGAUAUUAACAAUUUAUACAGUAACUAUUUUGUACUGAAUAAAUAUCUCACUGCUA